CCCGUCAGCGAGGAAGAGCUGGACGGCCACGCGGCGCAGGUCCUGAUCAGCGGCCCGCGCGGCGUGCGCGUGGAGGGCCUCCCCGCGCGCUGCACGCUCGCGGAGCUGCUGGCCGGCCCCGCCGUCAGCGAGCAGGAGGCGCGCGGCUGCAGCCUGCGGCUCAACGGGCGUGCGGUGCCGCUGCUCGACGCGCGCCGCGGCGCGGCGCUCAGGACGGGGGACCACGUCACGUUCGUUCCGGAGCCGCUGCUGAGGCUGGCGCCGCACCCGGCGCCCGCGGCCGCGCCCGCGUUCGGUCUCGGCGAGGGGGCUGGCGCGGCGCGGCUGGACAGCUUGGACGUCUACCUGCCGGGAUGCGAGGCGCCGGUGGAGGUCGCGCUCGGCCGCGCGGCCGCGGCCGCGGCGCCGCUGCGGCCGUCGGCGCUCGUCUCGUAG